GAGAUUUGCGAGAGUCAUUCGAGAACAGGACUGCUCCCUCAGAUGCUGGUAAACCUCGAAGCCCAAUGGGUGUGAUAAUGAAUCCUGCGGAAGAGGAAGAUCUCCUCGCCUCGAAUUCAAACGCGAUGGAUGGAAAAGAUACAGGAUGAUAUGCUGCACCUUCUGGACGAAUUUUGUAUGAUCUACACCAUCGAGGGCAACUGUACUGCGGAUUACCUAUUGCCUCUCCUCAAGCGGGUGGUGCAGGAUAAGGAGUCCCCCAUUCCCACCGACCUGGUCGUCGGUAUGACACUGCUCGUUGCGACAUACAAGGUCUUUAUGUGGCCUCAUGGCAACUUGAACAAAACAAACUGCCGCGUUUCUGCUCUCCAGUUUGCAAAUAAGAUUCGAGAAAGCCUGCAUCGUUGUUAUCCCGUCAUGAGGGGCUUUACCGAGAAAUCAAAGUACAUGGACUAUCAGACAGACGGCCUCGCGUUCUAUGAUUUUAGGCUUCUUAAUUACGUGCAGGAAAGAAGAUUUGAUCUUUACUACCAGGCCCCCUGGGUAGCAGGUAGCCAUAUGGCCGAGAUUCUCUAUUCUGCGUCGAUGGAAGGUAUCAGUCUCUGUCUCCGGAGUGGCUAUCUCACUGCCAUGCUGCACGUAUACAAUGCAUUGCGUCAGGUUCACCCGGAGACGCCCAAGCUCCUCUAGCUCGACCAGCUGUGUGAAAUAUUCGCCAAACUUUUAUUCCGCGGGUCUCUUCCUACGGAAAACUCCCAAACGACCUUUCGGCUGGUUCUUGGUGCCCGACCGGUCAAAGUCACCAAUGCUGACAAUCAGACGAGUUUCGAGCUCGGCAAAGUAAAAC